AUGUGCCCCGAACUGCAGGAGAGAUGGCCGGAGGCAUCGCCAGCAGAGCACUGGGAAGGGGUGACGCUGGAAAACGGCCGGGUGGUGGAGCUCGAGUUGGAAGACGUUGGCCUGACCGGAGCGGUGCCGGCUGAGCUUGGUCGCCUGAGCGCGCUGAGGAAGUUGAACCUCGGCCGCAAUCAGCUGACGAGUGUGCCGGCGGAGAUCGGGCAGCUCACGUCGCUGGAGGAGUUGCGCCUCGACCGCAAUCAGCUGACGAGUGUGCCGGCGGAGAUCGGGCAGCUCACGUCGCUGGAGGUGUUGUACCUCGAGAGCAAUCAGCUGACGAGUGUGCCGGCGGAGAUCGGGCAGCUCGCGUCGCUGGAGGUGUUUUACCUCAGCCGCAAUCAGCUGACGAGCCUGCCGGCGGAGAUCGGGCAGCUCACGUUGCUGGAGGGGUUGAGCCUCGCCAGGAAUCAGCUGACGAGCGUUCCGGCAGAGAUUUGGCAGAUCACGGCGCUGGAGGCGUUGUGGCUCAACGAAAAUCAGCUGACGAGCCUGCCGGCGGAGAUUGGACAGCUCACGUCGCUGAAGGAGUUGGGGCUCGGCGGCAAUCAGCUGACGAGCGUGCCGGCGGAUAUCGGGCAGCUCACGUUGCUGGAGGGGUUGAGCCUCGACAGCAACCAGCUGACGAGCGUGCCGGCGGAGAUCGGGCAGCUCGCGUCGCUGAAGUUCUUGCACCUCCAAGGCAAUCAGCUGGCAAGCGUGCCGGCGGAGAUCGGGCAGCUCACGUUGCUGGAGGGGUUGAACCUCGAGAGCAACCAGCUGACGAGUGUGCCGGCGGAGAUCGGGCAGCUCGCGUCGCUGAAGAGGUUGAUCCUCAGCCGCAAUCAGCUGACGAGCGUGCCGGCGGAGAUCGGGCAGCUCUCGUCGCUGGAUGGGUUGAACCUCGAGAGAAACCAGCUGACGAGUGUGCCGGCGGAGAUCGGGCAGCUCGCGUCGCUGAAGUUGUUGCACCUCAGCUACAAUCAGCUGACGAGCGUGCCGGCGGAGAUCUGGCAGCUCGCGUCGCUGGAGUGGUUGUGGCUCAACAACAACGAGCUGACAAGCGUGCCGGCUGCGAUACGCGAGCUCAGAGCGGCGGGCUGCCGUGUGUAUCUGGGUGAUGGCGUGAUGGGACGAGUGAUCGCGCACUUCUCAGCGUAG